GUAGUAUCUGGCUGGCUGCCUGGUGUGCCCAUCCGCGCUAGUUCUGGUUCCCACCCAAAGGCAAGCGUACGCGGCCAAGGAGCUGUAAGCGCCCAGGGGCGUGUGUGAGUGAUCGAUCGGUACUGUGCAGUGUACACAUCUGGUCUGGUGCGGUCCCAUACACAACAGUAGGAGGGACGUUCGUUGAUGGUAGCGGCCGUCCAUCGAUGUCGUGUGAGAAGCAGGAGCUCGGAAAACUCAUGCAUAUAUGCAACGCGCUGCAGCUUGGUAGCAGCUAUUUGCAUAGAUUUAUGUGCGCGGUGCCAAAUCGUCGCAGUGUGUAUGAAUUGAUCGUGUGCGUGCGCGUUGACUAUUGGCACACGCACACACCAGCUCCUAGCACUAGUAGUGAACGGAUGCGCCCGUGUAACCGUGUGUUGAGCGGUAUGCGCAUGCUCUGACACGAUCGAAUCUGUCAGUGUUAAGUCACGGGGAAUGAAGAAAACGAAUGCCCACUGGAGAUCGCAGUAAUCAUUGCCGUCUUCGCGAGCACAUUUGUUGCAGCCCGCCAAACAGGGCACACAACAUGGCGAGCCACCAGAAAAGUUUACUAAAUCCUGUGCCGUUGCGCUGUGCAUAGUGUUAAAAAGGAUCGACAAAAACGAUUUCAUGGCACGGUACGGAUGACCGACCCGAGAGUGGUGAAAAUUGGUGAAAAUCGUUUACACAAACACAUAGUCACACGGUAGGAUCGGAUGGUGUUGUACGGCAAGGAAAAACAGUGGUGUACAGGGAAAAGUAUGGUCCGCCAUCGACAGUGACCUACCGAAUGGUGUUGUGCUGCUUCAUUGUUUAGUCAGAAUCGUUCGAACGAACGUGGUGUUUUUUCUGGUAUGGCAGUAGUAGUGGUGUGGUUAAGUGAAACGACGUAGCUAUUUAAUUCAUUGCUUAAAUUUCGGACCAAAUCCAUAAAUUAGUGCGUUUGCCGGAGCGGGAAGUCAAUACACCGAGGGGGUUGGCCUUCCCGGAUGGAUGUUGGUGGUGAUGCUCAUGGCACAUAACUCUCUAGCCACAUGUUUAACGAGCAAUCAGCAUUGUACACCGCCGUCUCAGUGACCGUGGCAAAUGGUGUGGUGAUGAUGAAUGGGGCAACGAUUCGCGCCGGUUGAUGAUCCGUACAUUGAAGUGUCCCUCCUUGUUGGAAUACGGCAAACCUGAACUUGUCACGUGCCAAUGUAAACUCCGUCUAAAGUACGAGUGUCCUAGGAAUCUCAAAAUCCAGGGAGCCACAACGUGUUUGCUCCUGUCGUAAGAAGAAUAACGAGGAACGCAAAGAAAAGCAGAGAGAGAGAGAGACGGGGAGGCGCCAACAUUUCGGGGCCUCCUAGCUCUCUUCCUCGCACCGUACCGGCACCACAGUGAUGACCGAUUUCGCGGCAAACGCAUGUUUCGAUGCAUUAUCGGUGCUGAACAAUAAUGUACAACUCGUUGAGAAUGCAUCUGCGGGGCUUCGCAUUACACCCAAAACUGCCCAGAGUAUGCCAAGGGAGAUCAUGUUAAGGAUAAGCCCGCGCUUAACCUUUCAAGGUCGUCGGUUCCGAACGGCCUGCUGAUAAUGGACACCCAUGCCGGCAGCUGUGUCGUCACGUCGCAAAAGUUUGCCAAGGGAACCCGGUUCGGUCCACUGCUCGCCCAGAAGUCGUACGUCCCGAUCAAGAAUCUCCCAUUUCCGCUCGUACUGUUUGCCGGACCGUACUACCAGCAGGAGCACGAGUACGAGCUGCAGGGUCUGCUGAGCGGUACCCGCAACAUCUACCUCGACACGCGGAACGAAUCCAAAUGCAACUGGAUGAUCCACGUUAACCUGGCACGGUUUUCCAACGAGCAGAAUCUUAUUUGUUAUCAGGAAAAUGACGAAAUCUAUUACACCGCAAUAAAGGACAUCGAAUUGGGAGACAUCCUACGGGUGUGGUACUCACGUAACUACGCCGCCAAAAUCGGUGCCUCCAUGCUGGAACCCAGUCCCUACGAUAUCUGCACCAAUAUACUCCGCUCCGUCAGCAUGGAUUACGGGUUUGACUUGGAAAAGAGCCAGACCAGCAGCUUCCUGAUCGACGAUGUUUACAACCGUCCGUCCGUUACCGUCGGAAGCUGCGGAAGUACCGGACACAUCACAUCGGUAUCACACAACAGUGCGGGAAGCAGUACCGGCACCAUCAUGACCGCAAACGGAACGCCCUGCAUAUCCUCGAUGGUGCAGUCGUCUUCAUACGACGAUCGAACGUUACUGUCCCAUCAUGGUGUGGGAUGUGGCAAUGGCAACGGUGCUGGACGAGAUUCGAUCGAUAUCGAUAGUAACAACAACAGCAGCAGCUUCUGUAUGAUGGACACCGAUCACAACAGUGGUGCAGCGAUCGGGAAGGGCGGAAGCAUAGGAUCUCCCACGACGAUAACGUACGACACGGUUUCGCUGCCACCGAUCGAUAGUCUGAUGAAAACGACGUCGCCCAAAUACUCUACCUCCGCGUCGCAGCAGCACAUCUUCGAUAUGGAUCUGCUCGAGUCAGGAGUCUCUACGCACGUGCCCGAUUUGGUGGAUGAUUAUUUCAACACUUCCUCGCUCAUUCAUUCUAGUCAUCAUGAGCCAUCUCAGCCGCAUCAUCACCAUCAUCACCACCACGACCAUGAGUUCCUGGAUUACCAGCACGGUUUGGAACAGCAGCAUCAGAACAGUAUGCUCCCGCCGGGGCAGCAGCAGCACCAUGAGGGAGAAAUGAUCUCUUCGUCGUUGCACCCGGACACAGCCACUAGCGAAGGGCGGCUGCCACGGCAUGUGUACUCUACGGAACAGAUAUCGCCAGCACAGCAUACGCAUCAUACACACCAACUACACCACCAUCAUCACCAGCAGCAGCAGCUUGGGGGAUCACUGUCAACCGUGACUGAGUUUCAGUGUCUUCCGAACGACACGCUAAGUCCGGCGGACUUGAUAAACAUUUCUCUCGGUGCGAGCGAUGUCAACAUUUCGUUCGAAACGGGAUUCGGUGAUACGGCGGUGGUUGGUGAUGGCUCCCUAACCGAUGGAAGUCACAAUCUGUUAAGCUACGAAAGAGGCAUUGAUGAUAUAGAUGGAGCGUUCGGUGAUGGGACAGGCUUCGAUCUACUAACGCCGACGAAUGCUGCGAACGAAACGGACUGUCAGUCCGAUAAAAUGCACAGCCGGUUCUCAUCGUCGUCCGAUUCGCUGAUCACACUGAACGAUACGGGAGGUGUUGGUGGAACCACAACCGCCACCCCUACACCCACACCCUCAAUGGGCGGCAUCGCAAGCGGUGCCGGACUGCCGGAAGGAGAUGCGGACAAAAAGUAUGUGUGUGAGGUGUGCCUGCGCAAGUACAUGACCAAAUCGAAUCUCGACAAGCACGUGCGCAAACAUAAUCUCUACUUGUGCGUGUUUUGCAUGAAGCUGUUCCAGCAGGCGGAUGAGCUGAAAGAUCACGAGUGCAGCGAGCGCAAAUCUAAAACGGCGUACCUGCACUGUCCAAAGUGUUUGAAGGUGUUGUCAAACUCUUGGUCGUUGCAAAGGCACAUGAAAAUACACAAAGAUCUCACCCAGGCUGAGUCAGCGCUGGUCGUUUCGAAUGGUGGCGUUGUUGCCGUCGAGCAGCUGGACAAACUGUCCGCCGAUGGAACGAAGCUGUCCAACGCAUCGUUCGAAGAGUUAUCCAAUUCUGCCCCGCUUGAGGAUUUAAAACCCAGCAUCGAAGCACUGGACGGAUCGGCCAACAUGGUGACAGCCUUACGACUAUCGGCGGCACACAGUGACGAUAAGAACGAUGUUCUCGAUUCAGAUCCGAUGGCUCCUGCUGCACUGUUAACGGAAGCGGAGAUAAAAAAGGAACCCAGCUACGGAAGUACGGGCUCGACACCGGCUUCUCCACUAACCAACACCUCAACCUUGCCCAACCUGACAACCAUUAUCCCGAUCACGAACAUGUGCUCCAGCCAGGAUAUGAUCACGAACGUACAGGCCGCCAACGGCAAGCAACUGUACAAGUGUAUCGUUUGCUCGAAGCUGUUCAAAAAUCCCAAUGCAUUGGAAAAGCAUCUGCGCAAGGUUCAUACCGUCUACACCGUGUCGAACGAUUACAAAUCGGAAAAGAAGGUACUGAGCCAAUUGAAUCAGAAGAAAACUUCACCGAUAAAGCCAGCAAUUGCCAAAGCGUUGGCUACAAAGCUAUCGCAAAAGAGCAAGAAACAGGAAGAGAUGGCGGCGGCGGCGGCGGCUGCGGCAGCUGCAGCAGCAGCAGCGGCGGCGUCGAUGGCUACACCAACGAUCCCCAACUCUGCAGAACAUACGGAGGACAAUGUUUUGUCGCGGAACGCUACCAAUGCUGGUACAUUGGUAAAGCAAACGCAUCACGGAGCAGCAAUAGCCGUGCCGGUUCCAUCAUCGUCAUCGUCUGCGGACCAUGCAUCCGCUGGUGGGCAGUUGCGAAUGCACAGCAAAAAGAAACAUUCAUCCGGCAGUGGCACUGGCGACGGUAGCAGAAGACCCGCUAUGGAUCAUGUGUAUGGCGGUGGUGCCGUUCCCUCACUCGCAGGUGCUCAGAUCGUCGGCAUCAACAGUACGAUCACCGGCGUUAGAAUCAGCGGCGAUCCACUACAGCCUGCCAACAGUGCAGACGGUGCGGCGCGCGAUAUGACAACGAUCGCAAACGGAGCUGGCCCACCAGCGACAGUACCCACGUCCGCGGCCGGCAAAUCCCACAGCAUCAUCAUCAUCUCCAACGUGGAACUCACCAAAAACAAUCUGAUCGAUACUAGUCAACUGUUUCUCAACCCGGCUGGCCAGGUGAGCCACGGUGCCCACGGAACAGCAGGCAGUACCACCGGUGGCAUUAGCGCUUUGGGAAAUAAAAUCGACCUAAAAGUAUUAAACUCGACGGACAAACUUCCAAAGCUGGUGCCCAUAUCGAGCCACCACCAUCAGCAGCACAAUCAACUGCUUCACCAUUCGCAUCUUCAUCCGCACCAGCAGCAACAGCAGCCGAACAUCGUUGGGGCAACCCUGCAGCUGUCCGGUGCCACCAUUAUGGUCCCAUCGGGUAUGACCACCGCAGCGACGACGUGCCAUAAAGCUGAGGCAGGCUUAACUAACGAAAGUGCAAAUUCGAUAUCCGAUGGGCAUCGGUACAUCAAUGGUGGAGGUAUUCUGUCGGCUCCAUCCUCUUCGGCUAUGCUUACACUGUCGAACGUUUCGGUGGUGGAAGCGAACGGUGGUUCGGUGAACAAUAGUGGACUGGAAGAUGUAAAUGUCGCCGAUAAGCAGCAAAUGGACAAGAUCAACAUCUGUCUCAAUCAGGACGACUUAUCCGACGAUCGUGAAUGCACACUGACACCCGAUGAGUGCAGCAACAUCUCGCAAACAGCACAAACGUUCCCCUGUGAGGAGUGUGAUCGUGUAUUCACAAAGAAUUACCAGCUGAAGCGACACAUGGAAAUCCAUGACAGUGUGUACUAUACCUGCCCGUACUGCGAUCGUGGCCCGCUCAAAGCAAAGGCAUCCCUGCGGAAGCAUCUCUACAAUGCGCACGCCGACCGGGCACCACCGAAGGAGCAGAUGAACAAAUUCAUCACCACCCUCGUGGUGACGGAUGAAACCGUACUACGCGAGCUGGCCAUCAAGAAUGAACGUAAAAUACGCAACAAAAGUGUUAAAAUGCAAGCUAAACUUAUCCAGCAGCAGCAGCAGCAGCAGCAAAUGCAACAGCAACAACAAUCGCCACAGGUGCAAGCUAUGGCCACGAUAGAUAUCUCAUCGCCUAGCGACAAUUUCGCGUGCCCGUCACCUGGUGGAGGAACCGCACCAACCGAUAGUGGUGGUGGUGGCAGCCUAAUCCUGUACGAAAACGAGCUGUCGGAGUCGGUGUUGAGCGAUCAGGUCGAAGAUAUGCUCACGUUCAAAACCAUCUUCCCAACGGAGGAAGGCAGCAUCGGUGGAUCGUCCAUCGUCGAUGAGCCGAUCGAGCAUAUGGUGCUGGAAAGUUGCGAUCAAAGCAGCACCUGCAGCAGCAGCAAUAACGCUGCCGCCACUAGUGUGCCAAUGCACGGGCAGAAUCAUGACACGGAAAAGAAGCGAAAAGCGGGCACGGACGGCCGAGAACUUCAACGGCAGCAGCACGUUGGUAUGGCGCCGUCCCACAGGACAACGAUGGUGGUGAACGCGUCCGUUGGUGGGGAUGGUAAGCGAAUGAAGAUGGCCACCACAUCAACCCCGGGCACUAGCCGGGUUAAUCAAACAGGCAGCACGAUGGACGAAUCGUACGGACUGCAGGAAACUGGCCAUACGAGCAGCAGCCCAAGUGAUCCGUCCGCUAAUGGUGCGAACAAUGCGCUUCGAUAUUUACGCAAAACCAAUUUAACCUCUAUUCCAACCACGAUCGCAAACGGUCCGGCCAUUGAGCUGGUUGCUGCCAGCAGCGGGUCGUCCUCAGCGCACGGCCAUCAUGCGACACAACAGCAUGGCCAACAACAGUAUCAGCAGCAGCAGCAGCAUCAAGGUAACGGUGCCACAGCGCUGGACGGUAGCGGUCAACUCAAUCUGGACAGUCUGUUCGGUAACAUAUCGAUCGAAAAUUAUGAGUUCGACGAUAAUGCAACGAUUCAAUCGUUCAGCUUGAUCGAGGAAAAGUUUAAAACAUCGUUCGACCAGAUCCAGGAAAAGCUCGAUGCCGAGCUACCGUUCGAUGAGGAGCAGAUCAAGUGGCAGAACAACAUCAUGACAAACGAUUCGUCUAACGAGAUCGGUGACAAGCUGCUGACCGGGGAAGGCAACAUAAUGCUAAUAUAGAGUUUGUUUGUAAGGUUUUAGCUUUCGGUUUUGUUUGUUGUUUUGAAUAGUAAGAGCAGUUUUUUCUAUUUCAAAUCAUGUCCACCCUCUAUAUUGUUUUCGAUCAUUAAUUUAACUAUUUAACGGUAAGCUGUAAUUGUGAAGCUUUUGCAUAGCGGUUUGAAAUGCUAAAGCUACGUGACAACCAAGCGCGCAUUGUGAAGCAGCUUCGGGGAAGUUUUGUUUAAUUUAUUCAACUAUUUAUUCAAUUUGUUCUUGUUCUAAACAGUUUUUGCUUAAAUUUAACGCUGGUGGUUUGUUCAUUUAACACACAAAAACGUACAUGCGAGCAUUCGGAAAAAUUCUGUCCUUAGAAGAGAGAGAGAGAGAGAGAGAGAGAGAGAGAGAGAGAGAGAGAGAGAAACAAAAAACAUCGAAUAACCUUAUGAUAUUUUCUCUAUUUAUUGAUUUUCACUAGCAAUUAACGUGCGCCCGCCAUAAACAUAUUUCGUUGUGCAUCAAGGAAAUUUAAGCUUUAACUCAUCUUGCCAUUUUUUCGUUUUGUUUUUGCUUUUAUAUUGUAUCAUAUUUAAUUACUAAUGAUUAUAGUAAAAUUGUUUCGUUACGCUAAUUUAAUUUAAUAGUGAAAAAAAUGGGGACACAUUGUGCAAAAUCCCGUACGGACAGCGAGCGUUACGAUCCUUUCGUAUCAUACAAGAUCAAAACAUUUUGUAUACAUAAUUCGUUUUGCAAAAACGGAAAAACGUUGGUAGCAAGCUAAAAUUGUGCGUGUGCGUGAUUUGAAUAAGUUGGAAAAAUUUAUUAACAAACUAUUGUUCAAAUGUGUGAGUGUGUUGCGUGUUUAUAUAAAGACUCUAGUCUGCGGGCAAGUGCACGAGCAAGGAAUGGCGAAGAGAUUGUGUAUUUGUAAUUGUAGGAUGGAAGAAUUUACUAUCGAGUGGAGUCGUUUCUCUUUGAUCUGCAUUCACACUUUCCCAAGCAUGAGAUGAAUUACAAACGAACGACGAACGUAACUUGACUGAAAGUUUUUAAGCAUAACGAGGGACGAGUAUGGACCAUAAAGUAGCUAAUGUUUAACGUUAAAUAGCGUGAUGAUACAAAAAGCGAAUCGAGUCAGCAAUUUACGCAAGCCAAUACAAGAAAAAAAAACUGAUACAUCUCAAAUGCGCCAUUCACUUUUUUACUUAUCUACUACUUGUUAGUUUAUGGCAUCAGUUAUAGAUAUACCUUUUGUUGCUACGAAAAAAAGAGGAACGAAUAGGGACGCGUAUAUUGUAUACCAAGAGGGAAGUGUUCGACUGUUUAACCACAUCGAAUGAGGAAAUUGAAGCCAAAGUUUUCAUACACAUGAAUUUCUGAUUUUCUUUCUUACGUUCUACUGUUUGAAUAAGAUAUUGUAUCGUGUAUACUUAAUGCAAAAAUGUUUUAAGUGAAAUAAUAAACAUACGGAAACGUGCUUUUUAUUUAUGAAUCUA